ACAUGGUUACGGACAUCUGAGAUUGCAUUUAUAUUUUAUUCGUCUUUUGUUCCAUGCAAAUAAUCACUGAUCUGUGAAACUUAAAUCAGAAGUGCAACAAUAGUUACUUGUCCAGGACGUAUUUUAUGUGUAUGGUGGCCCGUGCGGGAUGGAAAACCAUUCAAUCUACCCACCUGAACUUUUGGAGACCAUCGAUUUUGAGAAGGAACAUCUAGCAACGUAUGAUCCCCCAAUUUCUUUGUCCAGUCCAGGGCCUAACUUAGUGGUCAGGCCACUUCAACGAUCGGAUUACAACAAAGGGUACAUGGACCUUCUUCUCUCUGCUCUCUAUAUUCGAGAUGAGGGGAUAUCUCAGCAAGAGUUUGAAGAGAGAUGGGACAAAAUGAAAGCAAGUGGUGGAUCGUAUUACAUUACUGUUAUAGAAGAUACGUCCACACAGAAAAUUGUAGGCAAUGCUGUAUUACACGUAGAAUUCAAGUUUCUUCAACCGAGUGUAAAGAGGGGUCGCCUUGAAGAUAUAGCUGUCUUAAAAGAGUAUAGAGGAAGACAACUUGGAAAACUGUUAAUGGACGUGACAACCAUUCUUUGUAAGAAGGUGGGGUGUUUUCGUGUCUCUCUACAUUGUAAGGAUUACUUUGUUCCGCUGUAUCAGAAAUUCCGAUUUUAUAUAGAUGAUGCUGAAAACAUCAUGUGGUUGGAUAAGAAGUUUUUACAAUCGUAGAGAAUGCCAAUUGAUAUUGUGCUUCAUUGUAAUUUUUGUCAUUGAUAAUAAACGAGAUUUUUUUUAAAAUAA